CCGCCGCCGGGUGAUGCGGUGAUCCGCUGCGGCAGCCCCAGAAGCUGAGCGGGCCCCGGCCCUCAGCCCGUCCCGCCGGACCCGCGCUCCUGUACAUCCCGUUUUCUCCGGCCGACCCGCGACCGCCCAGGCGGCCUCAGGCCUCCUGGUCCCUUCCCCGUCCCUCCCCGGUCCCCGUCCCAGCCCCCGGGGGCUACUGCCUCCCACCAUGGCUCUGAAGAGAAUCCACAAGGAUUGAAUGACCUGGCACGGGAUUCCCCAGCACAAUGUUCAGCCGGUCCUGUUGGAGAUGACAUGUUUCAUUGGCAAGCUACAAUAAUGGGACCAAAUGACAGUCCCUAUCAGGGUGGAGUAUUUUUCUUGACAAUUCAUUUCCCAACAGAUUACCCCUUCAAACCACCUAAGGUUGCAUUUACAACAAGAAUUUAUCAUCCAAAUAUUAACAGUAAUGGGAGCAUUUGUCUUGAUAUUCUACGGUCACAGUGGUCUCCAGCACUAACUAUUUCAAAAGUACUUUUGUCCAUCUGUUCUCUGUUGUGUGAUCCCAAUCCAGAUGAUCCCUUAGUGCCUGAGAUUGCUCGGAUCUACAAAACAGAUAGAGAAAAGUACAACAGAAUAGCUCGGGAAUGGACUCAGAAGUAUGCGAUGUAAUUAAAGAAAUUAUUGGAUAACCUCUACAAAUAAAGAUAGGGGAACUCUGAAAGAGAAAGUCCUUUUGAUUUCCAUUUGACUGCUUUCUAUGAGCCCACGCCUCAUCUUCCCCUGUGCACAUGUUUACCUGAUAAAACAGCAGUGCUGCGUGUUGUACAUACUUGGAACAACAAACUAGAGAUACUGUACUUCUGUACCAACAUUGCCUCCUAGCAGAGAAGUAUGUGUGUGAAAAGCCAAUCUUCCAGGCGUAACCUAGGUGUGAGACAAAAAACUUCACUUAUUGGCAGAAAUUUGGAUAACGGCAAGGUGCGAGGGAUGGUGGGCACAUGGUGUGUACUUGGAUGGGGGAAAGCUCCACUGGCCUGUAGGAAAUUGUUUUUAAGUGGAAUCCAUUUAAAAUCAAAACCGUUAUGAACAGCAAGGUGAAGAACAUGAAGUUUUUUCUGUAUUCAUUUUCUUCGAAGGACCUACAACUUAGGUGAAAGUUAUGACCAACCAGAUUAAACUACCCACAUCCUGUAUUCUAAGGUCUAAGUUUAACUGGUCGACAUUUAAAUGGAUUGGAGCUAUUAGUACAAAAAGUGUGAUGGGCUUUGUUUCCAACUCUUUUACAUUUCCCUACCCUUUCAGUCUUUCAUCCUCCCUCUCCCUCUCUCUCUCUCUCUCUCUUUCUCUUUUUUCUCUCUCUUUUUCUUUCUCUCUCUUUCCAUAUUCUUUGGUUUGUAUGUGGUUUCUCAGUUAAUACAUAGCUAAUAGCUCUUAUUUUUCUUAUGUUUUUAACUGCUUAGGUCUAUUUGGAUGUAAGGGUGAAAAUUCAUUUGAUGGAAAUACUUGUGUAUAUUUAAAGACCCAAUUGCUCCUCUGGAGCUUGUACGUUCAAGAAUGAUUAAUCUGUGUAAUAAACUGAUUACUACAGUCAUUACAUAUAA